CGGGGGCGGAACGUCAGGUUCAGGAGCGGAAGGGAGCGAGAGAGAGAGAGAGAGAGAGAGAGAGAGAGAAAUUAAAAUACGAGGCACAAGCAAAGAUCAACUGGCGGAGGGAGGCAGCGCUCUCAGUCUGCGCUUACUCACAAGAAAUCCUGGUGCCAAAUGCUAACCGGGACGGGAUUGCUUGAGGCGAAGGAGAGCCCUAAGAGUGAGCAGCUUUAAGCAGGACCCACUGGCUGGAUUUCUGCAAGUUACUUCUGGAGCUUUUUCCUUGUUCCUCCCGUGACUUUCUUUGAUAUAAUUUGUUUCCAGUCGUGUUUUAACUUGGAAAGCUGAAUGCUCGCGGGACCUCCAGGAAAGGGCCCCAUCGGCUGGACUGUAGCCCCAACUUGACCCAAAAGGGACUCCAAAAGAGAAAUCCGUCUGGGAGAAAGGAGCAGCUGCUUAAAAAAAAUUUUUUUUUUUUGCAACUGACCGGAUCUUCUCUGGGUCCUUUCUCCCUACUUGCUCCCCGUUCUUUGCUUUCAGGUUAACAGGCUUUGUCAGAGGCGAGCGAGCGACCGACCAAAGGCGCAGAAGGGAGAGCGCGCCCACCGCGCUAAGAGGACAACUGCAGAGGGACCGGCUUGGUGGAUUGGAUUUGGCGAGCUUCCCCCACACCCGACCGCCUCCUCGUGUGGCGAAGGAUAGGGAGGCAUCAUUGAUUGGAGUGUCCCCAGCCUGUCGCUAUAAAUUGGAUUGACUCUCAAAUCUGCUCGUGGAUCCUCCACGCCACCCCAUCUUCCCCCUCCCCUUUGGCCCCCCGAUGACUCUUGGCUAAAAAAGAGCGCUCUCUCCCCACCUCCUGCCUGCCUUUGGCUGGACGCUGCCUGCCUGAAGGCAAACCACUGACAUCAUGACGGAGGAGUUGGCUGCUUUGGAGCUACCCGCUGGCAAGUGACCGAGUGAGGCCGCGGGGGGACUCCGGCUGCCCUGGGGGAAGCGGCUUUCCCGAUCGACCCCUCUUCCCCGCCCCGCGACCUCUCCGCCGAAGCUCCCUUUGCUGGCCUUGUGCCCCCGCGUAUUCGGCCGCAGUUCUCGCAAGAUAGCGCCCCCGCCCCGCUCGCGCUCUUCCCGUGGGGCUUGUCCGUCUCCCUACCGACCGCCCUGAGCUCCGCGCGCCCAACCCGGCCGGCCCCCCGGCUCAGAUCCCAACCUCGGAGCGGCGCUGCCCGGUGAUCGGCAUGGACGGGGCGGCUCGGAGGGGGGCCCUGGCCGCCUCGCUUCUGCUGCUGCUGGCGGAGGCGUGCUGGCUGGUGCUGGGCGCCGGAGCCUCGCCAACCCCUCCCGGGGCCGCCCCCUUGGACACUUGCACCUCGUGCGGCUUCCGGCGGCCUCCCGAGGAGCCCGGCGAGGUGGACGGCGAUUUCCUGGAGGCCAUCAAGAGGCACAUUCUGAGCCGCCUCCAGAUGCGCGACCGGCCCAAUAUCACCCACGCCGUGCCCAGGGCGGCUCUGGUCACGGCGCUGCGCAAGCUGCACGCCGGGAAGGUGCGUGAGGACGGCCGCGUCGAGAUCCCCAGCCUGGACGGGCAGGCGAGUGCGGGGCCCGCGGCCCAGCAGCAGGUCUCUGAAAUCAUCAGCUUCGCCGAGACAGAUGACCUGUCAUCCUCUAGAAUGCGCCUCUAUUUCUUCAUUUCUAAUGAAGGGAAUCAGAAUUUGUUCGUGGUUCAAGCCAGCUUGUGGCUUUACUUGAAGCUGCUUCCAUACGUCUUGGAGAAAGGCAGCCGACGAAAAGUAAGAGUCAAAGUGUAUUUCCAAGACUCAGAUGCUCGCAACAAGUGGAAUGUGGUUGAAAAGAAAGUUGACCUCAAAAGAAGUGGUUGGCACACGUUUCCCAUGACAGAAGCAAUCCAAGCUCUGUUUGAGAGAGGAGAGAGAAGACUGAGUUUGGACAUUCAGUGCGAAGGCUGCGAAGAGUAUUCAGUGCUGCCAAUUUAUGUGGAUUCUGGGGACGAAUCUCACCGGCCUUUUUUAGUGGUGCAAGCCCGACUGGCUGACAACAAGCACAGAAUUCGGAAAAGAGGCCUGGAAUGUGAUGGCAGGACCAAUUUAUGCUGCAGGCAACAGUUUUACAUUGACUUUAGGAUCAUUGGAUGGAAUGACUGGAUCAUAGCACCAAUGGGUUACUAUGGGAAUUACUGUGAAGGGAGCUGCCCAGCCUAUUUGGCCGGAGUCCCGGGCUCAGCUUCCUCUUUUCACACAGCAGUAGUGAAUCAGUACCGCAUGCGAGGGCUGAACCCAGGCACCGUGAACUCCUGUUGCAUUCCAACCAAACUUAGCACAAUCUCCAUGCUGUACUUUGAUGAUGAAUACAACAUCGUGAAGAGGGACGUUCCCAAUAUGAUUGUGGAAGAAUGUGGUUGUGCUUGAUCUGGAGGAGGAUGUUUGAAAGGAGUGGGGGCCGGGAGGGGGGUGAGAAGAUUCCCCUGCUGAAUGGAUUUGGAAGUGCUACUGCUCUUUUUCUUCCUUCUGGGCAUGGAUGUUAAACAUUACUGCAGAGGCAACAGCAGCAAAAGCAGCAAUAGCACUGAAAAAAUAUAUAUAAAUAUAUAUCAUUGCACUCUGUUGUCAGGACAGUGGCAGUCUAUGGAUCCUGGACACUAAAAGUAUACUACCGCAUAUAAACUAAUGCUAUCAAGUCACUUAAUCCUACCUACAUGCCCAAAGACACAAGUGUGUCUGUGUGCGUGCAUGCGCGUGCACACCCACACACCCACACAGCAACAUGAAUGCACACGUUGCAUGAUCCAGCUCAGAGGAAGGCAUUAUGUAAGGGAGUUAAAUGUCUGCUGGUGAUAUAUGCAUACAGGCCAGUGGAUAUUUUCUUCUGUCUGUCAGCCAGUCCUAUCUUUAGAAUGAAAUGUUUGGAAAAAAACAAGAAAACAAUCAUAUAUGCUCAUACACAAGGAUUUCAGUGACCAAACAACCAACCAUCUACUACCAUCUCUGAGGUCUAAAAGAUAGCAGCAGGUUACCUGCUCGGUGUAAAAUUAGUCCUUCCUCUUGAUGUUAAACAUAAGAUACACAUAUAGCACUUCCAGGAUAGAACACUGAUGAAACCAGUCUCUCUCUCUCUCUCUCUCUCACUGUAUGUAUGUAAGUAUGCAUGUCUGUGUGUGUGUGUGUGUGUGUGUGUGUGAGAGAGAGAGAGAGAGAGAGAGUACCAUGUGCUUAAUAUCAAAAUGGUUGCUGUAUUCUUCUGAAUGAUAUAUUGGCAUGAUUUUAUGCUUUACUGGACAGCUAGGUUCUCUCAUACCACCCACAUGGAUAAUUAUCCCUGUUAUGUUGUCAAAAAGGACUUGGCCCUUCCUGUUCUAGUUUUGCUCAUGGUCCGUAUUACAUUCUCAAAAGAUUUGCAACAUCAAAACCUGCAGCUGAAGUUCCAUGCUUGGAAUAAGAUUACAGUGGGAACAGCUGGAGAGGACAGAAUGAAAGAGAAGCCAGUGUUAGUGCAAGUAAACUUAUGAGCCAUAAGAGAAAUCUCAAUCACAUAGUGGGUACAUUUUGGUAAAGGAGGAACACACCGUGUUUUUAAACUGUGAGAAUGUUUACGACAUCCUAAGGAAGAAAAAGGAGAGAGAGAGAGAAAGAAUGCACAAGUAGAGAGUAUUACCUUUAGUUUGGUUUUCAGACCCUUUUACAUAUCAAGGGUGGCUGCAGAGCUCAGAAAUCCAUGCUACACCAUAGCACUCGCAACCUGCUUGAAUGCACGUUCUUAUAGCACUUGCAGAUUUCAAUGCCUUGACUGGUUGGUACUUGAUGGCGCACUUCCUUUUGCUCACUGUUCUCUAGAUUUAAAAACAAGUGCCGCAUGAGCUAUGCAAUUUAAAGUGUCAACCCACACUAGAUGAAACUGGACUGAAAUGAGAUGGUACUUUUUAUAUUUUUUUUAUACUUGAAAUUAAAUCUUUUGCUUCUUUUUUUAAAAGCGAGUGAUUGGUUUUCAUGUUUGCACUGAUGUAGUUGCAUGACUUAGUCAGGAGAAAUUAUCCUUUGGGGAAAAAAGGUUAUUUUUAUAGCAACAAAAAUACUGGAUACAGUGAAAAUAUAUUAUACAGAAAAUUUUGGAACCAAAGAGGCCAACAUAUCAAUUGUAAUUUUUAUCAGAUGGCAAGGCCAUGGUAUCUAUGGUCACACAAUGAUACUGAACACUCUAUGCUAAGGCCUGCCAAUUUCUUUUCAGGGUACAAAAUAGAUUCCAUUGUCUUUGGAUCAGUAUCUUCUCUAUACCCUCAUAUGCAGGAGACAUUCCAAGAUGUACAUCCUUUAAAAAAGAAAGAAAACCGAACUGUUGUUUAUUUAAUAAAGUCCCUUGUAGGUUCUGUUCCAUAGUAAUUUAAAUACCAAACAACAUUCACUUACAUUUGCUGUCCGAGUAUUUUGCAUUUGUGUACAGUUUAAGUAAAUAAAA